CGAUUUGUCAAAUAAACUGAAAACUUCAUUUAUGAAAGAAAACGUCUACUAUUAACUCAUAUCCUGUCUUUCUUUACUUCAAAUUUAUUUCAAAAUAACUGUUUCAACGGCAUAAGAAGUUAUAAAGAUUUUGUGUCGAAGUCGUCCUGCUUUAAAACUUAUUAGUCCUUUGUGUGCAGCGGUCGUGUGAAAUAAAGCAUCCUUUGUUUUAUCCAGAGCGAACUUCUACCAGUUCAAACAAAGACAACUACGAUGGAAGUUGAAGCCGCUAAAUCUACUGAGAUCCGCUGCCAAGAGAUGUCGAAGGGCGGUCUCGCGUACGAGGUGAUCCUGGCAGAGCCAGUGGGUGUGCCAGUUCCCCGCCGCGCCGACUCACCUGAGAAGACGCCUUCCGUCGAAGAGAUUCAGGAGAAGCUGAAGGCUGCUGAGGAGAGGAGACGUAGCUUGGAAGCCAGCAAGAUGGCAGCGAUUGCACAGAAAAUGCAGAAGAUUGAGGAAGCAUCCCGUAUCCGCAGCGAACAAACAAAUAACUUCAUUGUCAACACCAAGGAGGCUCUGGACGCCAAGAUGGAGACACAUGAAGAGAAACGCGAAGCUUACAUCAACGAGCUGCGCGCGCGCCUCAAGGACCAUCUCGAGGGUGUUGAAAAAACCAGGCUCACCCUGGAACAGCAAACGAUGGAGGUAUACAAAGCCAUCGAAGAGAAAAUGAACACUGCCGCCGACAAGCGCGACGAGAACAUCAAGAAAAUGCUUGAACGCCUUCGUGAACAUGAGGAGCAAGUACGCAAGGUCCGCGCAGGCAACCAUGAGCGUUUCCAGCAAUUGGAAAGCGCCAUUCAGGAGAAGCUGCAGCAGGCCGCUGACCGCCGCCUCAUGCUCGAAGCCGAACAAAAAGAGAAACUGCGCAACCAUAACCAAAAGCUAGCCGAGGUGCGUUCUGCCGCUACCGCGAAGGUCGAGGAAAUAACUAAGGACAUCGAGACCAAACUGACCGCUGCCGAACAGAACCGAGAGAAGGAAAUGCAGAAAAAGCUGGACUUCGUCAAAAAAGAGGAGCGACGCGCGGAGCUGGUCCGACAGAACAAGAGCGCGCGCGUAGAGAGCGCGGGCGCGGGCACCGCCACGUCCGGCUAGACGGGCUCUGCACACCGCCACACCACACCACCACACCUCCACGUGACGAGCCAAAAGACUCAUACCACAACUCAAACAUGCCCAACUAUCAGCGCCAUCUGACGACACUAUCUUAGUGUUGCCAUGUGUUAAAAUCUUUUAGCGUUGUCGGAAAUUGCAAGUCGUUAAGGCGGUCGCUUAGCGGGCGUUUGUUCGCUCUAUUCGCAUUUAUGUAGUGUACUCUGUUAGGUGUCGUUCAGUUACAACUUUAGGGUCUGCGUUGGCGGAAGCCAUGGAAUGAAGUGUCGUGGCCCAAAUAAUGACUGAGAAGACUUGGUUAAUUAUUAAACAUUCCUCAAAAGAUGAGUUACCUUCGUUGGAACAUCUGAUGAUAUUUGUUUUUGCAGUGCUAACGCGUCUUUUGCUGACAAUGUUUGUAAUUCAUGGCAUAGACUUAAGGUCUUUUGGCUGGUCCAGUAGCUAAAUUUGUACUUCGGUGUAUAACGUGGAAGCGCCAUUUAGAUGGCCGAUACUGCGUCGGUGUUGUAACAUGUAAAAAUAUUGUGAUAAAAUUAUAAAAAAAUCUAUUUCUCUAACAUUGCACACCGUACAGCAUCCUCACAAUAUUUGUGUUACACCCCCCGACGCGCUUACUUUGAGACACCAAAUAUGUCCCUCGUGAUCAUGCUUACGACAUCUUUGAUUCAAAAAUUACGUUAUGAAAUUAUUUUCACUAUAAUAUGGCAACAUUGCUGUACACUUUAAAUAACAAUAAUUAUGGCCUAUUUCAGAUAAUUUACCUAAUUAAAUAUGUCUUAGACGUGAUCCCACUUAGAACCAACUUUUAGUAUUCCAAUUGAAUUUUAUCCAUUUUACUCCAAUUUGACACCUGUCUUGGUAUACUAAAACUUGGCCAUUCACAAUCAGGGUUCUGUACCUAAAAUGCCGCAUAUUUGCCUUUUAUUUUUAUAUGACUACGUUUUAAUUUGAUGUACUCUCCAGUUUUGCAGAGGCUAGCUAUCUGUUUUUAGUACGGAACCCUUGGCAAAUUAAUCGAUUGAUGAGAUUUGUAAGCAAGCUGGCGGGACGAAGCUCGAUGGUGAAGCGAGAAGUAUCCCUAAUCGUUAGAUAUAGACUUAUAUCAUUAUUUUUAAUGUUUAUCAUACGCAACAGUAUUUUUAGGGAGGUAUAAUCUAAAUUUAAGUUUUAUCAUGUUCUUUAACUGUAUCGCCGUAACGCUAUUAACUGCCCAUUAACAUUAUUUUGAGUUGUGUUGUCGAUGAGUUAGGAAGACUGUCGUGUCGCGGGUUGUUUGUGGCUGCGUUUGUUGCGUCGAGUCGGUCGUUGGAGUGUCGGACUGCUACGGGCGGGGCCCGACCAGUCUGCGCGACCCCACAACAUCUAGUCUACAACUUAAAUUAAGUCGUCUCACUUCCUUUUAUGAUCUCAAUCGGUACAAUAAACAUAAUAGUUGGAUCGUUAGUUGAAUAGUUAACCAGCGGAAGUGCCUCAGUAUAUUCGGUAAUUGGCUCUCGGAUAAUAUCAAUAAAGUGUAACGUAUAAAACUGCCUUCAUAGCGUUUUAUAUUUUUUUAAUUGUAGAUGGCGAGGGCGCCGGGCCGCGGACGUAAUGGUGUGUUGGACACAAACCGCUUCUGUGAUGUUUUUGCUCUAGUGAUAUUAUGUAUCGUAUCGUUCGGUUAGGCACAAAUUAUAUCGACACGGACGCUCCGUACUUGCGCAAGACGUCGGGACGGGAAGGUGUACGACGCGGGAUUGUCGCUCGACUGUGUAGUGAGAGUAUUCCUGUAUUUUAUAGUAUAUUUUUGCCAUUCAUUUAGCGUCGGUCUGUUUUAUCGUCAAAGAUAUGAUAAUAAUUGUAUAUAAUAUAAGAGAUGAUGUAUCGUAGCUUGGCGCGGGAGCGCGGCGGCGGCGGCGGCGAGUUGCUUGCCUGCUUUUACUAUGUUACUAACGCUGAUAUGAGUAAGGGAACUAGUUGUAAGUUACUAGCUUGUUUCUCGGUGAAGAAGUGAAAACCUCUGACCAAUUUGCCUUGGGUAUUGUGUAGCCUUUUAGAUUCUCACGAUCGAAACGAAUCAUGUAUAGCGAUGCAACAUAUAGCUUUCAGAUGAUUAUAUUUUGUUUUUCGUAAUUUUUGCGUAAUGUUAGUCACUAUCCUAUCUCUUAUUAUGGUGUUAUUAUCGUUAAUUUUUAUAUUUUAUGUGAUUAAUUAUAUUAAUGUGCUUCAGUUUGUGAGGUAUAUGAAAAUUGCUGUUUGAAGUGCAG